AUGACUGAGCGGGACUCCGUGGUCGAUGGAUUACCCCGUCUCUCCUCUCGUCCAAUACCUGUGGUGACUUUCUACAGCGGCAGAUGUCUCGGAGCCAUCAAAAGAGAGACACUCAACGUACAACCAUCACCCAACGUAGGACCACCACCCAACAUACGACCACCACCCAACGUACGACCACCACCCAACGUAGAAACAUCACCCAACGUACAACCGUCACCCAACGUACAACCGUCACCCAACGUACGACCAUCACCCAAUGUACGACCACCACCCAACGUACGACCACCACCCAACAUACGACCACCACCCAACAUACGACCAUCACCCAACAUACGACCACCACCCAACGUACGACCACCACCCAACAUACGACCACCACCCAACGUACAACCAUCACCCAACGUACAACCAUCAUCCAACGUAGGACCACCACCCAACGUAGGACCACCACUCAACAUACGACCAUCACUCAACGUACGACCACCACCCAACGUACAACCAUCACCCAACGUACCACCAUCACUCAACAUACGACCACCACCCAACGUACGACCACCACCCAACGUACAACCAUCACUCAACGUACGACCCCCACCCAACAUACCACCACCACCCAACGUACCACCAUCACUCAACAUACGACCACCACCCAACGUACGACCACCACCCAACGUACAACCAUCACUCAACGUACGACCACCACCCAACGUACGACCAUUCCCCAGCGUACAACCAUCACCCAACGUAGGACCACCCCCCAACAUAAGAACACCACCCAACAUACGACCACCACCCAACGUACAACCAUCACCCAACAUACGACCACCACCCAACGUACGACCAUCCCCCAGCGUACAACUGUCACCCAACAUACGACCACCACCGAACAUACGACAACCACCAAACAUACGACCACCACUUAUCAACUACUUCAGAUGA